AUGGAGCACUCAAACGCCUCUUCUCACUUCAAGCUCUCAGCAACCUCAUGCGGCACCUGCGCCCCCCUCACCGCGGAGCAGCACGCCGCCGUCGUCUCCACACAACCGGCCGCCGCUCCGGACAAGGUCGGCCCCACAGCGGAUUCCGAUUCAUCGUCUUCAUCUGCUUCUGAUGCUGAUCUGAGCGAUGCCGAUGACGAUGACGAUGAGUUCAUUCCGGAAGAAUGCUUAUUCUGCAAUACCACCUCGGAUUCUCUGGAUGAUAAUGUCGCGCAUAUGCAUAAAGCGCAUGGCAUGUUCAUCCCCGACAAAGAGAAGCUCAUCGUCGACGUUGAGGCGUUGGUGAAGUACCUCCGCCUCGUCGUCUUCGGAUAUCGCGAGUGUCUGCAGUGUGGAACGCAAAGACGGACGGCUGCUGCGGUACAACAGCAUAUGAUCGGAAAAGGCCAUUGCCGCUUCGACAUCACAGCGGAGGAGUCGGAGUUUCGAGACUUUUACGAGCAGUCUUCGGACAGUGGGGAGCAGAGCUCAGGAGGAAAGGACACUAAGAGGGCCAUUGCAGAUGCACUGGAAGAACGCGGAUCGAUCCAUCUACCAGCUGGUAAACAGGUCUCUCACCGUUCUGCACCGGGGUCAUCGAGACCUCGCAACAGGGUCGGCGCCAAUACCGACACUACUGGCUCGGACAACCUCGUCACUGAAGGCUCCUCAGGUAUCAACGAGUCAGAAGCGAGCUUUCAGCUAACAGCUCCAUCUGGGCCCGGUAAGAAAUUCGAUACGAAAGCCCUGACGCGCGCCGAGAAGCGCGACGUUAUCUUUGAGACGCAGCUUUCCCACUUGAGCAUCAAUGACCGCUCUGCGCUUGCGCAUCUGUCGUCUGCCGAGCAGCGGAGCGUCUUGCUGACGAAGCAGAAGCAACUGGACAAGGCGGAGAAGGCAGCUAGGAGGCUUCAGACGAGGUUGGAGAUGAAGGCGAAUAAGACAGGGCAGGGGAACUUUGUGAAUGAUGUUCCUGGACGAAAGAAUGGUUGA